UUGUUUUAUGUCAUUUUUCCCCUUUCAUUUUUUUUCCUCUGGAUGUAGCCUGAUGGCUGUGUAAGGAGCAGGGAUGUGGUCCUAUUCCUGCUGAGGCUGAGAUCCUGGAUUCACUGGGAUCCCUCUGGGAUCCCAUCCUGCUCUGCCCAUUCCAGGCUGGGACCCCUCCUGUACGCGGCCCCCAGGGACACUUGCAUGAGUGGUUUUGGUUUUGCAGUUAGGAAAGGAAAUGAUUUGAUGCUUUCAUGCUGCUUGUUGCAACUUCUUUUUUUUUUUUUUUUUUCCUGGUGUUUCUUAAGUUCCCAUCACUUUGCUUUCGCACUUCUCUGUCCUCCAGCUGUAAUCCUCGUGCUUACUGAGCUUUUUCUAGGAAAACUCUGUGUCUUCGUGGGAGGGAAGGGGAAAAAAAUCCCCAGUACUUGCUCAUGUCUUGCUUUUCCAGCUGCUGACCCCUUGCAUGUGACUGGGGUUGGGCUGGAGUUUCCUUGGAGGAAGGAGAAAGGCAUUUGGCUGUGAGGGAACGGAAAACCCGAGGGAUCCGCUCUCCGUGCUGGUUUUCGCCGGGGCUGGCGCGGGCUGCGGCCGCUCUCCGGGAUGUGCUUUGCGCCCGCCGGGGCGCUCCGGGAUCGGCGCGGGACGGGCCCGGCCCGGCCGGGGAGGUGCGAGCGGGGCUGGAGUCUGCCCGCCCCACCGGGAUCUGCCCUGCCGUAAAUUGCUCUGCUGGGAUGUCUGGUGAAGGGGGUUUGAGAACUGCUGCUCCCUGUCCCUUGGCUCUGGGAAGGCUGGAAGGGACCGGGGACUCCCCACUGCGUCAGCUCCUUGUGGAGGAUCGCUCGGUCCAAGCCAGGCUGGCAAUCUCCGUCGGCUCUUCCAUGCCAUCCUGAGGAUGUUGGGAUGCUCCUGGACCAUCGUGGGAUGCAGCCUCUGCUGGCAGGGGAUGCUCGGGGGUGGGAUGCAGUGGUCCCAAGGGAUGGAUGGUGUAGUGCUGAAGGAAGACUUCUUACACCACAACAGAAGUUAGAUCCACAAAUCCAUGGGAAGAUUUCUGCUCCUUUUCGGAGUUUUGGUUUCUUUUUAUUGUUUAAAAGCACAUGUCUGUGCUGCAGUUUGGUUCUCCUCUUUAAUCCUGGCUCUGUGAAGGAGGCUUUAACCUGAGCUCACGCCGUUGGAAUUCCCUGCUGCGCCAGGGAGAGGCUCCUUGCCUUCAAUCGCUUCCAGAUGCCAUUCCUGUUCCGGCUCUUCCCCUUGCAAAAUGUCUCCCCCAGCCUGCCGAAGCUUUCCCGGCCGGAUUCGACAUCCCCAUAUCCGGCCAGGCUGAGGGAAGAGAGCGCGGCCCCCCAGAUCCCGCCGAGCUCCCGCCUGCUCCGCCUGGACCGAGAGGACGGGCCGAGCAAGAGGUUUCGGUCCCUGCUUCCCUGGGCAGUGUUUGUGUGGGCACUAAGGUCGUGGCACCUCCUUUCCCUGGGCCAGGAUGGGCGAAUCCAAGGUGUUGGAGGUUCCACAAGUGACCAGCCACGAUGAGAGCUCCGGCCCUCGCCUGAUCCCUUUCCUGCUGAUAAAAAUGAUCAACAAGUCUCGAGGGAAGAUACUCGGGGUGCUGGCGCUGUUUCUGGUGAUGGUUUGGUACUCGAUCUACCGGGAAGACAGGUACACACAGCUCUUUUAUUUCCCUGUGCAAGAAAACAACAAGACAGCGUGUCCUGUUGGGGAGGUGGAAAAAAAAGCAGCGCAGCUCAUUGGGAACUACACGAGGGACCACCCACUGUUCUUGCAGCUGAAGGAUUAUUUUUGGGUGAAGACGCCGUCUCUUUACGAGCUGCCCUACGGCACCAAGGGAAGUGAAGACGUCCUCCUGCGCCUGCUGUCUAUCACCCACUACUCCCUGCCUGAGAGCAUCCAGAGCCUGAAGUGCCGCAGGUGUGCCGUGGUGGGCAACGGCCACCGGCUCCGCAACAGCUCCAUGGGGGACACCAUCAACACCUACGAUGUGGUGAUCAGGCUGAACAACGCCCCGGUCCAUGGUUAUGAGCAGGACGUGGGCUCCAAGACCACCAUGCGCCUCUUCUACCCGGAGUCGGCCCACUUCGACCCUCGGGCCGAGAACAACCCCGACACGCUGCUGGUGCUCGUGCCCUUCAAGCCCAUGGACGUCCAGUGGAUGGAGGCCAUCCUUAAUGACAAGAAGAGGGUUCAUAAAGGGUUUUGGAAACAACCCCCAUUGCUCUGGGACGCCAAACCGGAGCAAGUGCGCAUCCUCAAUCCCUACUACAUGGAAGUAACUGCUGCUAAACUGCUCAACCUCUCCCUGAAGCAACCACAGAAGGUCAAACAGAAGCCCACCACGGGGCUGGUGGCCAUCACCCUGGCACUGCACUUCUGUGACCUGGUGCACAUCGCGGGCUUUGGCUACCCCGAUUCGGCCAACAAGAAGCAAACUAUCCACUACUACGAACAGAUCACGCUCAAGUCCAUGGCUGUAAGUGUUUGCCCCACACUUUUGUCCCUGUUCCCCCCUUUUUUCCCCCAGGAUGGGGAAUGGCAGCCCAGGAGAGCAGUGCCAGGAUGCUGAAAGGCGUGGGAGGCUUUUGCCUCUCAACUCCCCUCCCAUGAUGAAGGUUGAAGUCCACCUUUGGAUGGUCAUCAUCCAACAUCUCUUGGUAGCCCAAUGUCUUUGGAGGCAUGGAGAGUUGUAGCCAUCCCCAGUUUAUGUGUGAGGAGAAGGGCUUGUGGACAGUGGGAUUGGGGCAGGGAGGGUUCCAUCCCUGCUUUUGGGG